GUUAAGAGUUGGGGGUGGCUGUGCAUGCCUGUAUUUACUUUGCAGAAUGCUGGCGCUGUCUGCUCCAUGAUCAUAGCCAAACAGUGACAGGAAAACCGGAGAGCAGGGACUCACUGGAGAGAGAGUUUGCGUUGAAUGUCGUCUGCUGGAGAGUCUGUGAUGGCAGCCAGCAGGCCUGAGGAAGAGGUCUGAAGCCCUGCACUCCCUCUAGGUCUAGUGGGAUGGGUAGGCUUUGUGGUGUCAUCCUGAAGUUGUCUUUUCUUGUUACAACUACUCCUUCGAGGGCACACUGGAGCUCAGAGACAGUGUCCCCAUUCUGUGAACUUUGUUCCUCGUGGCUAUAAAUUCCACACCUGCCAUAUGUGUCACCGUCGCAGCAGAUGGCGCCGCCGAGUCCGAGGAACAGCACCCCCAGCAGCAGCAUCGGGGGCAGCGGCAAUGACCAGCUGAGCAAAACCAACCUGUAUAUCCGGGGACUGCAGCCGGGCACGACAGACCAGGACCUCGUCAAGCUCUGUCAGCCAUAUGGCAAGAUUGUCUCCACCAAGGCCAUACUGGACAAGACCACAAACAAGUGCAAAGGCUAUGGCUUUGUGGACUUUGACAGUCCUUCAGCAGCACAGAAGGCCGUGACCGCGCUGAAAGCCAGCGGCGUGCAGGCACAGAUGGCUAAGCAACAGGAGCAAGACCCUACAAAUUUAUACAUCUCAAACCUCCCCCUGUCAAUGGAUGAGCAAGAACUGGAGGGGAUGCUGAAGCCAUUUGGCCAGGUUAUCUCCACCCGAAUCCUUCGAGACACUAGUGGGACCAGCAGAGGGGUCGGCUUUGCGAGGAUGGAGUCCACCGAGAAGUGUGAAGCCAUCAUCACCCACUUUAAUGGGAAGUAUCUUAAGACGCCCCCCGGAGUGGCAGCACCGUCUGAUCCCUUGCUUUGCAAGUUUGCCGAUGGCGGGCCAAAGAAACGACAGCACCAAGGAAAAUUUGUGCAGAACGGACGGGCCUGGCCAAGGAACGGAGACAUGGGUGGCAUGGCCUUGACCUAUGACCCCACCGCCGCUCUUCAAAAUGGGUUCUACCCAGCCCCUUACAACAUUGCCCACAGCAGGAUGCUUGCUCAGUCUGCGCUCUCCCCGUAUCUUCCGUCUCCCGUGUCUUCCUAUCAGAGAGUGACUCAGACAUCUCCUCUACAAGCACCUAACCCAUCCUGGAUGCAACACCAGUUGUACCUCACGCAGCCUUCAGGCUCACUUCUUACACCAGGGAUGGACCACCCUCUCUCUCUCCAGCCUGCCUCCAUGAUGGGACCUCUUACUCAGCAACUGGGUCACCUGUCACUCAGCAGCCUGGGCCCGCUCCUGCCAACAGCUGCUAUGCAGGGAGCUUACAUCCCCCAGUACCCUCCUGUGCCUUCUUCCAACGUGUCUGUGGAGGAGAGCAGCAGUCAGCAGAAUCAAGUGGCCGUGGAGACACCCUCAGACCAUGGGGUCUAUCCUUUCCAGUUCAGCAAGUAAUGAGGCCCGGGCCUGAGAACAGAAGCCUGUGCAUGCCUGCCUUGGGCUGUUUUCCCAUCGAUGGAGCUGGGGGAACCAUGUUGCUUUCCGUAUGUGCUACAUCCAAGAUCAGAAAACCUUACACUGGUUGAGCCGCUUCUCGUCUUCACAGAAAGGUUGGGGUUUGUUGGAAAUACUUAGGAAGGCUUUUAAAAUGAUUUCUUAAAAAAAAAAAAAAAGUGCUGGGAAAUCGAUGAAGGAGUCCUGCUUGCCAACUUUAGUUAUGGACUAUUUUUGAUGUAUGUGUUUGAAAUAUGCAGAUUUGAAGUUUUGUUUUGCAAAGCUCUGAGCUCACACAUCGCAUUUCAUCCCCGACCCCAUCACCUUUUAAGGGAGGGAGGGUCUCAGUGGCCAGAAACUCAACUCUUGAACUCACAGGGAUCCUACCCACUCUAUCUCCUGAGAGCACCACUACACCUGGCAAUUUUUUCUUUAACUUUUUGUCCAGAUUGUUUUUCUCUUUUCCGUUUAGCUGAGCCUUGCCUACUUGCCUUUUUGCAGUUUUUAAUUUUAUGAAUUUGACUUAAAUUUCAUGUGGAACUGGGGGAAGGGAGAGAGCAUCGCACAGACCGUGGAGGUGGCUUUCUCUCUGCUUUCCGAGAAGAGAUGUGACAACUGCAGCCUUUGGAAGUCACCCUUUAACCAUAUCUGGUGACAAGUUCAAGAAGGAUGAACUUACUGGUGUCUGAGCAGUGUUGUCCAGCUUCAGUGUUUGGGGACACCUGCUCUGCCUCCUGGAGGGUCUUCAUCCUCCCCCAGGUCUCACAGCCCCAUCCCUCUGCUUGUGGCCUCGCUCGGUCCCUUUAAAGAUUAUUCCCCGCUGAGCAAGUUCAGCCCUUCACUUUAACUGGAGGUUAUUUUGUCCCUAAGAGGCUGUUGCCAUGUCUAUCAUCUUUG